UUGAAUUUCUUCUCUCGACGCGAUAAUGAAGUCCCUUUUAUUUGAUAAAAACAUUUGAAACGUUGAUUUUCCUCGAAAUGGUGAACGCUACGACGAAGGGGAGCGGGGAUGAACUCACCUGUUUCACAACCUGCAUGACGUAGUUGCGUGACGAGGGUCACGUGACAGCAGGCGCGUUUACCUUCGAGUAGAAUAGUAGGCAGCACGGUGGUGAUCGCUAACGUGUGUAGUACCGAUCCUCCGAGCAUAAAGAGAGGAGACGAGACGAGACGAGACGAGACGAGAGGAGAGUAAAGAAGAGAAGAGAACCGAAGAGAAGCGAAGGAGUUUAUAGUAGCGUUGAAGCGCUGCCAGUCGAGCGGUCAAACCGCACCCAACGUGACGUUACACCAGGUGGCUAGUGCCAAUAUUUCUUCUCCUAUUAUUCAACAAAGAAUAACGUUUACUUUUCUUUCUACAAAAUUCGAUUAUUCAGCAACGUUAUAGGCAGGUCGACGAACUCUUCGAUCAUUAUUCUCCACAGGGAGAUCCAGUUGGCUAUCAGCGUCGUCAAGGAGAACGCUAAUGACGCUAAGCUCGACGCUAAACUCGACGCUAUAGACGCUUUCUCUCUCCCUCUCUCUCUCUCUCUGAGAACAAAUAAGAGAGGUGAGAAAUAGUUGAUAGUUAAAGGACAAGGUAUUUGUACCUUUCUCUUUUUUCUUCGUGUUAUCCAUCUCGACAAGAGAAAAGUUAACGUUUGGAUUUGAAUGAUCUCGCGUACAAGUGAUAGUGGUAGAUCCAGUUUGUGUUUGUGCAUUAUACACGUGGGUUACCACCAAUUAUUUUUCAUAUAUAUACUUAUACUAUACUACUAUGUCAAACAAGCAUCGUAGAUCGAUGCUUGAUCUUUCCACUCAGAAUGGAUUCAGGACACACGUAGGACGUUAAAUUUGAAAAUUCUAACUUUGUACAUUGUCGAGAGAAAAGCAUCCAUCCAUGCAAGAGUUCAUCAAGUACAUACGCCGAGUUCACUCUGAAGCAUAACGUAACUGUUCUCCAGAGAAGCGCUGUGCCUCGUUAAAUUCCCCUCGAUAAAGAUCUCAUGAACUAACUCGAAGGGAAAGUCUUCCAAGUUUAAAGAACCUAAAGAAUCGAAAAAACGACUGAUUGGAAACUUACCUAACGAGAGUGUACCGCGAUCGUUUCGUGAUCGAUGAUUCACAGAACGAAGCUUCGAGAUUUCAUAGAGUCAUCCCGAAGAAGGAAAAUAAUAAUCUUUCAUCGAAAUGAUUCCUACUCAUCUUUUACGCGUUCUAUUCUCCAUCACGAUUUUGACUAUCCUUGUUGAUGGUCAGUUACGAGAGAGUACCGAACAAAAUUCGAUUUACUAUACGGAACCGGCACUGCUUAACUCCAAUAGCACCAACAAUGGGAACAAUUAUGAUGGAUUUACCGAGUUACACGGUGUUAGAAUAAUUAAGGGACAAAGGGUGCUGCAGAGAGUUAAAAAUCCUUACUUGAUCAGGGAGGAUCUUUUUGUCGAGAAAGAUGGAGAGUUGCUUAUCGAACCUGGUGUUGAAAUACGUUUUGGUCCUAUGGUUGGAAUCACCGUUCGUGGUAUCAUUACUGCCAAGGGAGAGCCAGAAGCCCCAAUCGUAUUCACCUCGGCGGAAAAAGACAUCGAAUCGUCGUCACCUGUUGAAUCGAUAGGUGCUAUUGUACGGCUCGUUGAUGGGCCAUCUCCGUUGGAGGGAAGAUUGCAAUUGUUUCAUCAAGAUCGAUGGCGUUCCGUUUGUACCAAUUCGCGAAAUUGGACUCGGGCAGAUUUAGAGACAGCGUGUAGGCAACUAGGAUUUCAAGGUGGUCGGUGGUGGUCCUGGAUCGAUCGUCAAUGGCCAGCAGAAGCACGUUUACUUUACGAACAACCGCGUUGUCGUGGAACCGAAUCUUUCUUGACCAAUUGCGAUGGUUGGUCCGAGAGACAACUUGGUGCUGGAGUUUGUGAUUAUCAUCCGGAUCUCGGAUUAUCUUGUUUGCCAAGACACGAUGGAUCCAGCAAAGCUAUUAAACAUUGGCGUGGUAUUAGAUUCGAAGGAGCUCUUUACGAUCGACCAUUGAUUCAAGAAAAUACUCUCUACGUAAGAAGAUCUAAAUCAAUUCUACGACACGUGAUCAUUCGUUACGCUGGUACUGGGAGAGAUUAUAACGUUACAUCGGCAGUAGAAGUCGAGGGUGUUCCACCUCGAAUGGAAUCGAUAUCUGUUCUUAACUCUGCUUUCACGGGUAUUAAUGUCGCUACACCCGAUGCUCCUGUUGUCUUAACUAAUUCUACCGUGAACAAAAAUAAAGGGUAUGGAAUUUACGUAAACAGUUCGACCGGUAUGGCACACAUAGACGAAUGUUCGAUACAAGAGAAUGGAGCAGAUGGUAUUAAAUACAUUCACCAUGACGAAAGAACGGAAGAUAAGCUAGACCGCACAGGUAUUUUUGAUCUAUGUACUUUUCCAAGUACAACCAGCCAAACUUUUCCUGUCACGAUAUUCAUGGAACAAAGUAAAUAUACACCCAACACGAAACGUUGUCCACAGCAUAUUUUCACUCGACCGGGUCACGUUCUGACAAUACACUUUUUACAAAUGCGAACGGACCGCAACGACAGUGCAGUCAUUGAAGUUUACGAUGGAAUUAGUGGAACGGAAAAAAUGUUAGCUAGCGUUACAAUCAGAAACAAUACCUUACCACAAAGUGUUACGUCUACCAGACAAGAUUUGUAUAUUAAAUUUAUUGCUCAGCCACGUACAAAUACGAUUGCUUUCAUCAGAUUAUCAUCAGGAUACAGUAAAACAUACGACUUGAACGUGACAGGUAGUACGAUCGCAAGUAAUAACGGUCGUGGUAUAGUAGCAGAAAAAUUAAGAUCGGCUAUUCACAUUCAUGAAACAUCGGUGUCUAGUAAUGAACAUACUGCUGGGGUGCACGUCUUGUAUGGUGCAGCGGACGUCAACGUAACGGGUAGCCGAAUUUCCUUUAAUCAAGGAGACGGUAUAAAUAUUACCGUUGCCGGUGGUAACCGCAACAUAUCGCGAACAAGCAUUUCUUCUAACAGCGGAUACGGACUCGCGGUUUGGCUUAAUGAUAGUUCCAGCACGGAAUACGUUUACUUCAAUCAAACAACCGUGCUCGAAUAUUCGCAGAUAUUUAGUAACAAGGAUAUCGGUGUCUUGAUUAGUAAUUCAACUGGAGAUUCGUAUGUCAAUGUGACAGGCAAUUCGUUCAAUACCAGUUUGGAAACGGCAUUGCAAGUGGAAUGCAGUUGGAGAGUAAACCAAGGAACAUUAAAGUUACAAAUUGGUCAUAACUCUUUCGUACAGAAUACAAAAUUAGGAAUCAAAUUGAGUCCAGCUCUUAAUAUUGAUGCCUGUAUCGAGUACAAUCAUUUUAGGGAACAUUCCAAUGGCGGAAUACUCAUUAAAAAUCCUCUCUACGAAAUGUUUAAUGUUUUACCCGCUGACAUUACCAUCAGAUACAAUGAGUUUUACGGAAAUCGUGGUGCUUUCGUUGUUAACAUCGGUCUUUCGCCUUACAGCGACGUACAAAAUUUAUUGUUUACGAAAAAUUUUUUGCGAGAGAAUCGCGUAAGAGAAUUAUUUGAUAACGAUGGCGGGCUUUUAACGUCGAGACUUAUACCUCGUUCUCGAGUAGCAGCCGUCAUUGUAGUGUCUUCGAGCAACGUACAAGUCUUUCGUAAUAUUCUACAUAAUCCCGAAUCGCCUUACGAAAUUGGUUCACAUUUGGAAGAUCAAAGCAAAGUUAUCAAUUGUACCAUAAAUUGGCUUGGAUAUAUUGAAGAGAAUCAAAUUUUUAAAAGACUCUUUCACAGAAAUGACAGAUAUACUCUUGCCAAGAUCGAAUAUCUACCUUAUCUACUUCACAAUAGCAAUCCUGGUGCAAAUACCAUUUUCUCCAAUUCAAUGUUCGUUCCAAGAUUCGUAACACCGGGUACAAAUUUGGUCGGCGGUGAAGUGGACGGUCAAGAAUUAUUAAAAUCGGGAGAGUACAUCGUUGAACGCGACAUCAACGUCAGACCAGGUGGCAAAUUGGUAUUAGAACCUGGCGUUACUCUGCGUUUUCCUCCAGCUGUAGGAAUGAUGGUGGCUGGUAAAUUGGAUGCACGCGGUAGAAGGCAAAGCGACAUUCUAUUAACUUUGAAGGAAGACAUUUCUAUGGAAUCACAAAACUCGAGUAUCUUGGAAGAUGCACCUCAAUCUUCUAUUCCAACGGAUUCUAUUCCAGUUAGAUUGUUAGGAGGUAAAACGAAUUUGGAAGGAAGAUUACAGGUGAGAAUAGGUGAAAAAUGGGGCACUGUUUGUAAUUAUGGAUGGACCCUGCUCGACGCAUCCAUUGUUUGCCAUCAACUAGGUCUCACGCUUGAUCCAGAUAAUUGGUUCAUAGAACGUUCGCAAAUUCCCAACGCAGGAAUCAACGAGGACAUCCUUCUUACGAACGUACGUUGUACCGAGCAGGACAACGAUAUUUCUAAAUGUAGAGCAGAAACGGUCAAAGAUUUUGAGAAUUCUUGUACGCACGAAAACGACGUAGGCGUCAGAUGUUCCGAACCUGCCUGGGCUGGCCUUAGAUUGGGACCUUUGGCACAGAGAAGUGAUUUGCAAUUUGUAACUAUCGAAAAAGCUGGCUUGUUGGAUUAUACUACGAACUUGUUCAAAUCAGCCCUGCAAAUUGAUUUUGCGAGACACUCUUUGGAAGGUGUUAAGAUCGUUAAUAAUCUCCAAGAUGGUUUAGGGAUUUUAUAUUCUGAUAUAUAUUCAGCCGAUGCCGUUAAUACGAUUAGAAAUAGCGAAUUCUCUCAUAACGGUGGAAGCGGUAUAAGUUUUAAACAACUCGGCAUGCGGAUUAUCAAUUCUAGAAUAGAAAAUAAUAAAGUAGCGGGUAUAAGGCACAAUCCUGCACUAUCUGCUGUUCAACAAAGAGAACUGGCUGGAUGGUUUGCUCGUUUACCAGAAUAUUCAACGGAAUCCUCAUACGAUCCAAUAAUUAUACCACGAAUUAAUAAGAAAAUUCAUCUUGAUAAUGGGCAGACCAAGUAUAUCAUUACGGACAGAGUGAAAGGCCAGUCGUUGCAUCAAUUUAUUGAGAUCACGUGCACUCCUGGUUACGUAAUCGGCAUGCAACUAUUAAAUCCGAUAGAAAAUCGCAGCACAGAAGAGAUCAUAAUACACGAUUCGCAAGAUAUUUAUCAGAAUAGAAACGUUUGGCACAUGAAGCGCGAUUUAACCAUUUUCCCUGCCACUUCCAGUUCAUUCGCUGUUGUCUUGGAAUACGAGAGCGGUGAAAAUGCUCUCGGUGGAGCCGUUAUAGUCAUCUCAUCGUUGUUAGCGCCAGUGCAAAAGACGAGAAAUAAAAUAAUCGGUGGACCUAUACCUUCGUUGAUCGUAUCCAAGACAAGAAUCAAAGCUAAUGGAAAAGGUGUAUUUGCUUCUUAUUACAAUCGUUAUUUAGACGAAAUUGGGGAUCAUUUUCUACGAAAGGCCAACGAAACGAUACAAUUAAUCGGUUGCGAAAUUUCCCACAAUCAAGGAGAGGCCAUUUACAUUAAUUCGCCCCAUUGGAACAUUUACGAGACCAACUUGUCCGAGAUCGCUAUCCAUUUGAACGACACAUUGAUCACGGAUAACGGCAAAGGAAUAUCGCAGUUCAGUCGUGACGCUAGACAUUCGAAUAAUCUAUUUCAUUGGAUAAUGCAAGAUAGUACGAUCGAAAGAAAUCGUGCCGGAGGUUUCGAAGUCACUUUGCCGGAUGUUUGGCAAUACAACGAAAAUUUCACUCAUACUCUUUACUUUGAUAACAAUACUUGGCGCGACAAUGAUCAAUAUAGUUUCGUGAUCGAUGGACAUUUUGCCAACUUAAAUGUCUCGCACAAUCGUUGGGAUGGAAAUCGUUGUAAAAAUGGUCUUAUAUCGAUUCGUGGCAUGGAGAAAAGAAUCAAAAUGAAUAACAAUAGAAUAGAAGGCAACUACGGCAUCUACAUGGUCGAGUUCAAGGCCUACAGUCAAUCAGAAAUUUUGGGCGAUGUCGGUGCACGUUUUUACUUCAACGAGAUUAAACGAAAUCGAGAACUCGACCGUUAUUAUUCCCCUGGAUCGCGUAGAUCUUACGAUUAUCCCAGUUACGUCGUUGGUUUUCAUGGUAUACAAAAAGUACGAGUCAAUAGGAAUCUUUUCGGCGAUAAUUCUAUGGAUUACGAACUUCUUGCUGGUAUCAAAACUGCCAAGAUUAAUAACGAGGUCGACGUUUCGGAAAAUUGGUGGGGCACUUCUGACGACGCUGUUAUUAGACGUAGGAUUUUCGAUUUUGACGAUUGGAACAAUUACGCUGUAACCAAUUAUCGACCUUAUUUGAUGAGCGACUCCUUAGACGCAUCGAUUUCAGCAUCCUGGCAAAUUGGAGUGGAAAUUAAUUUAGAUAAUUUGGGCGGUCGAAUAACAGAAAGUUUAACGUUGUAUGCGAGGCCGGAACCGUACGUGAUCAAAUCCGAUUUAACUAUCAUGCCACAAGCUACGUUACACGUUCAUCCCGACGUGAUCAUGGAGUUUUCACCUAACGUUGGUAUUUUGGUACUUGGUACUUUGAAAGCUGUCGGCAUGCCUGGCCAUGAAAUUGUCAUGAGACCUGUUAAACGUAAUGCUACUGUUCCCUUAUCGGUUAUACCGAUAUCACCACCCGUCGACAUUUCCAACAAAGUUCUACCAAAGUCCAACGAGAUGAUACGUUUGUGUAAAGAUGCGCGUUGCAGUUCUUCCAAUAACGAAGGAUUUUUAGAAGUUUUCAAUAGAACUACUUUACAAUGGAUCCCAAUUUGCGACGAACGUUUCACCGAACGUAAUGCUCAAGUUACUUGUCGACAACUCGGUUUUGAUUAUUUAAAUGUAUACGUGUCCUAUGAUCGUAGAUACGAAUUACAUCCUGGUUCAUUGACGCGCGUUUGGUCCUGGCCGGAACCAUUAGAGUGCUCUGGAAAUGAGGAAAAUCUUGAAGAAUGUCAAAUUCGAUUGAACGGUCAAUUCUUUAGACAUCGACACGAAUGCAAUUGGGACGGACAAUUUGUUUUUCUUCACUGCGGUAAAAGGAACAUUGACGAUGAUUAUGAUUAUUGGGGUGGAAUACGAAUAGCUAAUGGCGAAUUUGAACAUCACCUUUACGAACAUCGUAUUCACGAUGUCGUCACUCACGAAACGAUUAGAAGAGUCGAAUCUGUAUUGAAAUAUAUCAAUAUCACUGGAGCUGGUAUUUUACAUAACGAAAAAUCUGCUGCCUUGCAAUCGAUCAUGAAAUCACCUACGAUCAUGCACGUUAAUAUUGAUCGCAGUGCUUAUCAUGGUAUAAAUGUUGUAUCACCUACUCAUACAGUAGAUUUGUUGUUUAAUACCAUUAAGAAUGUUCUUGGUAAUGGAAUCAAUGUGCUUUCCUUAACUGGCGAGGGUCGUGAAGCCGAUGAAAGUUCCUUUAGUCCGAUCAAAGAUCUAAAUGUUCCCUAUCAUUUGUUCAGUAUGAUCGAUAUCUGUGAUACUGCCAAAGAAAUAACUAUCGAAGAACGUGUUAUUAUAUAUUACAAAUACGAUAAUCAUCCAGUUAAUUGCGUCAAAAUUUUCCGCAGUCCUUACAGAUCAAAACCGUUUGGUUUCAGGCUUCUGCAGUUUAAUCUUUUCAAUUCUACUGGAAAACCAGGUCGAGCAGACGGCAUCACUUUGUACGACGGCGAUAUUUACAACGUUACAGCUAAAGUAAUAGGUCAUCUCGAAGUUGAUAGUCCUUACGAGAAAAAGUUAUUUAAAACUCGUGAAGCUAGUCUCAGCGUAAGACUGUUUGCAAAUGGUGCAAGUAAUGUACACGGUUUUAUUGCCGAGAUUGUAACUCUUCCAAUUUCUGCUAUUGGUUUUAAUCGAGAUGUGCAACACAAUAUCUCUUACUCGGUUAUUUCCAAUUGUCGAGAGGGUGCUGUUAAAUACGCAAGUGCUGGCGAAGUCAAUGCUGUAAUGACGCUCGAACGUAAUCAAUUUAUUAAUAAUUGUGAACAACUUUACGGUAACUUUUCAACUUGUAAAUCAGCGAUAUGGUUAGACGUUCAAAAUACGCAAUCGUUAUAUUUUAGAAACAAUUUGGUGCGUUUAAAUCAAGGUGGACUUUCUAUUAGAGCUGACUCAAGAGGAUCUGCUACUUCUUUGAAAGGCUGGAUUCAUAAUAAUCUCUUUGCAGAGAAUAUGAAUAAACCUACUUUAUACGUCGAGGGUCGUCACAGUAGCCCUUAUCAAGAAGUCACGAUAUACAGAAAUUACUUUACGAAAAACAAUGCUCCCUACGAUAACAACAUCGUUUUGAAACAAGUUGUUAGCAAUAUGAGCUUGAAUUAUCUUCACGUUAAUCUUGGGUUACAUCUAUUAGAAAUUUCGGGAUUCGAACGCGUACGCUUGCCGAUCUAUCAGAGCACUUCGCACAAUGGAUUUUACAAAAAUUAUGCUGUUGAUCGAGAAGGACGUAGUACUAUUCUUGCUGGUACUCCAGGACAACGCUACGUCGAUAACGUUUUCUUCAAUCCCGACAACGAUUAUGAAAUACUUACUAUAAACAGAUCGCAGGAAUUAGAAAUGUGGAGAUCUCACGUGGACGCUCGUUACAAUUGGUGGGGUUACAACGAAACGUUGGCCGUAGCAGGAAGAAUUCGAGACCGUGGUGAUUCUUCGGAAUUGUUACAGGUCGAUUAUCAACCUUUUCACAUGAACAACAGGUCCGUAUUAAGUGGCAAAUGUCCACCUGCUUGGGAUCUCGUUGGCGAUACUUGUUACAUUUAUAUCGGUGCGCCUAUGGACUUUUACAGUGCGAGAGAUUUUUGUCGAAUGGUAAACGCAUCGAUGCCUUUCAUUAUGGGAGAUUACUUAGAACUUUGGAGAUUUUUAAAGAAACAACAAGAACGUUUCGAUUAUUCCGAACGCGUUUGGGUUCAAAAACUCGAACGCGUCGAUCAGUGUACCAUUUUUACCUAUCAAACUAUCGAGAUCGAUUAUUGCGCUCAACCUAAUCCUUUCCUUUGCGAAAUUGAUCCGAAAGUUUACAUCGAUCCACUCUCCUGGAGAAAGGAUAUCGUCGCUGUAGGAGUUUUGGGAGCUCUAGGUGUAGCAUUGGCUCUGUUAACUGCUGCCAUCGUUUUGUGGGUGUCUAAAUCAAAAAAACGAAAACUCGAACGAUUAGAAAGGCGAAAUUCUAUUCGACAAUCCUUACAUUCUCUACGAUCGGUCGGUUCAACCUCCGGAUUCACGGAAUUGGCUUAUCGGCGAAAACCUAUUGCAACAAAACAAUCUACGGACACGCUCAACUCUAAAUCGUUAGAUUACAAAAGGAUGCUUAACGGUGGAAGUAUAGAUUCCAUGGACAAAUCCCAACUGAAUUCUUCCAUGGAAGAUAAUCAAAGUUACGACGUAUACGAGGCACACAAUCCUCGAUAUUCUCCAAGUACGAGCGACUUUAAGAAUACCGUAGAAACUUACUCUAGCGCACAAAAUACGGACAAUCCAGUUUUCGAUUUGACUUAUCGCAACGAGGGCUUUCGAAAUCAUUCGACAUUCGCUUCAAGAAAUAACAGUGACUGGCCAUUGGAUAGUAGUACCACCGAUGCUGCACCCGAAAGUAGUCAGAACGUUGACAAUGUUAACGAAAAUUCCUAUCUGAAUAAUGCUUCUACUUUACCUUUACACUCAAGUUUAGCCUUGACUGACUCCAUGAGUGAAUUGAAACGCGAUAUCGAUACUACAGCUACCUACGGACAAGUCGAUUAUGAUAAAAUUCGUAAUUACGACACGGCAACGUUAACACCUAGCCAAGCAUCCGAACCUGUUCCCGAAUAUCAAUCAGAUUUCAGUCCUCCUCUUCCACCUCAUCCUUAUCAUUACGAUCAGGAAAAUCGACCUAGAAGCGAAGCUCUUCUCGAAACUAAUUUAGAUAUCGGCGAAGAAAAACCUCUUCGUUCGAAAAGCGAAGUUUUAUUAGAAACUAAUUUGGAUUCGUUUUUGGUAAACGAACCAACCGAACUGACUCAACUUUCAGCUGGUGCGCGUAGCAAGAGUCAACCUUUGGAAACAGCUAUGUAAAAAUUAGAGACCUUCUCGUCUCUUCGAGAAUUGACGUUAAAACUGGAAGACUGGAAGAAUUUUGUUACCUCCAAAUACUUAACGAUUAACACUACUUGAAAUAAAAAAAGAAACAACGCGUUUUGUGUGAUCUUCCUCGAGGGAAAAUGCGGUGCAAUAUAAAAGUUGCAUUUUAUAGAUAGUAAUAUUAAUAAUUUAGUAACAUUAUGAUAUAGAAUUAUCAUCCAGAGAUCUCAAUACUCGAAAGUCGUGUGUGUUGUACCUUCCGAUGAUCUACGAACUAUCGGAUUUUAGUUGUUCCCCUUGUAUAUUUGCAUAGAAAUUCUUUUGACUCCAAAGAAGAUAUCUUUCCUUGUUAGCAAAGUCGAACAAUGCGAAUGCAAGCAAGCAUUUCCUUUGGUCAUAAUCAGUUAGUCAAAAAUCCUGUCAUGUAAUACUGCCAAUUGUGCCUAAAAAGAGUUCUGUCUCGUCUCAGUCAGUAAUCCAAAUUGUGAUACGUAAACUCGAGCGAGUCUAAAGUAUUUAGAAUAGAUAAUAUGUAAGGGCUAUAUCUAAUUCGUAUGUUUCAUUAUUUUCUUAGCAAAGAAAACUGACAAAAAAUAAUCAAAAUUGAUCGGAUGAGUGUGUGUGUGUGUGUGUUUAUGUGUAUGUGCGCGUUUGUUCGAACUUAUCCAAAUAAAUUAUUCGACGCGGUCCUUCUUAAACAAGAUGGUAAUUUUAAGAUAAUAAUGUAUCGUUAGUAUUAACAAAAUAAUCCGCCCAUUAGUUGUAAGUUUAUCUUCUAUAUAGAAGCACAAAUUAAAACGAAUUAUCUUUCUAAGGAAGACAUAAUAAUACAUACUGGAGCAAUUUGAAAAAUUCAUAUCUUGUUUCGUUCUCGUUCAUUUAAACA